CCCUGGCUUCUGUCCUGGCUUUCAUGGCACCGCUGCUGUUGCCCUGAAGUGAGGCUACCACAGCUCUGUCUGCCUGCGAGCUUGCCUGUGCCGAUCGACCCCCGGGGGACAGAGGCUGCCGGUGAGAGCAGCUGGUCAGGGAGCCCAGCAUGGCCCUGGCGGAUGCCCUGGAGCGGCUGCAGGAGGAGGCCAUCUGCCCCAUCUGCCUGGAGUGUAUGAAGGAGCCGGUCAGCAUCGACUGCGGCCACAACUUCUGCCGGGGCUGCAUCGUCCAGCACUGCCAGGACAAGGGGCUGUGGGCCGACGGGCCCUUCUCCUGCCCGCAGUGCCGAGCCUCCUGCCACCGCAGCGGCCUGCGACCCAACCGGCAGCUGGCCAACAUGGUGGAGAGCAUCCAGCAGCUGAGCCUGGGCACCGGCCCGCAGCGGGAGCCGGGCACGGGGCCGCCGCUCUGCGCCCAGCACGGCGAGCGCCUCAAGCUCUUCUGCGAGCAGGACGGGAAGGCAAUCUGCGUGGUGUGCCGGGAGUCCCUGCACCACCGCUCGCACACCGUCUACCCCGUCGAGGAGGCUGUGCAGGUCUACAAGGUCAAACUCCAUAAAUCCCUGGGGCAUCUUUUGAAGGAAGUAGAGGACGUGAAGAAGCGUGAAUCAACAGAAAAGAUGAAAACCCAGGAGUGCAAGGAGACAGUGAAAAAGAAGCGGGAGAGGAUUGUGAGCGAGUUCGGGAAGCUUCAUCGGCUGCUGGCUGACGAGGAGAAGCAGCUGCUGCAGAAGCUGGAGGAGGAGGAGAAGCGACUCCUGUUGCUGAUCAAUGAAAACCUGGCCACUCUGGUGGAGCAGAGGUCCUUUCUGGAGGAGCUGAUCCUGGAGAUAAAGGAAAAGAUGCAGCAGUCAGCUGAGGAGCUGCUCAAGGACAUGAAAAGCUUCCUGGUCAUGUGUGAUGGCAUAAAUUUCCCAUCCCCCAAGGCUGUGUCUGUGACCCUGAAGGAAAACUACAGCAUCCCAGAGCACUGCCUGUGCAUGAGGGACAUGCUGAAGAAGUUCAAAGUGGAUGUGACUCUGGACCCCGAGACGGCGCACCCCGAGCUCAUCCUGUCGGAGGACCGCAAGAGCGUGCGGCGCGGCAGCAGGAAGCUGCUGCUCUCCUUCUUCGACAACCCGCGGCGGUUCGGCAGCGCGCCCGCCGUGCUGGGCAGCCCGGGCUUCUUCUCGGGCCGCAGCUACUGGGAGGUGCAGGUGGGGGACAAGCCCGAGUGGGGCUUGGGGCUGUGCCGGGAGAGCGCCAGCCGGAGGGGCAACGUCGUCUUCUCCCCCGACAACGGCUACUGGGUGCUGCGGCUGCAGAGCGGGGGCGGCUACGAAGCCCUCACCGCGCCGGCGUCCCCUCUGAGCCUGAGCGUCCGGCCCCGGCGCGUCGGCAUCUUCCUCGACUACGAGGCAGGAGAGAUCUCCUUCUACAACGUCAGCGACCGCUCCCACCUCUACACCUUCACAGACAAGUUUUCAGGGAACCUCCGGCCUCUCUUCUUCCUGGGUGCCUUUUUGGGGGGCAGAAAUGCAGAGCCCUUGGUGAUCUCCUGGGUGAGGGACACUCAGGGGACCGGCUGCGUGGUGCUGUGACGGCAGCCGCUGCGG